UCCCUCAAUCAGUUUCACCCCCACAAAGGCAAACUCCUCGCCAUGGAAAUCGAUCCCGUAACCAACGGAAACACCGACACCGUGAUGGCCGAACCCGCCCCCGCGAUGGCCCCGUCACGGCCCGUCCCGUCGUCGAGGUCGAGUCAAUUGACGGAAUCGAUCAAGCUUGAGCACCAGCUCCUCCGCGUGCCGUUCGAGCAUUACAAGAAGACGAUCCGCGCCAAUCACCGCUCUUUGGAGAAAGAGGUCUCCUCCGUUGUCUCCAGCGUCGGGGAUUUGGCUGAUAACGAUUGGUCCAAAGACGUCGCCGUUUCGCGUCUCACCAGCCUUGUUUCUAGGUUGCAAGGCCUCAAACGAAAGUUGGAAGAAGGUAGCAAUGUGGAGAAUUUGCAGGCUCAGAGAUGCCGUGCUCGCAUCGAUCAUUUGGAUUCAGCAGAUGUGGAGAAUAUUACCGAGUGGAACAAUACAAAACUGAAACGGAUUCUUGUCGACUACAUGCUGCGGAUGUCGUAUUUCGAGACUGCUUCUAAGCUUUCAGAAAGCAGCAACAUUUCGGACCUUGUCGACAUUGACAUAUUUCGAGAAGCUAAGAAGGUGAUUGACGCCCUAAAACGUAGGGAGGUAGCUUCUGCAUUGGCAUGGUGUGCUGAUAAUAAAACACGCUUGAAGAAGUCAAAGAGCAAACUUGAGUUCCAACUAAGGCUGCAAGAAUUCAUUGAGUUGGUACGAGCUGACAGCUACAAACAAGCAAUUCUUUAUGCUCGAAAGCAUCUGACACCAUGGGGAGCAACCCAUAUGAACGAAUUGCAGCACGUUCUGGCCACUUUGGCUUUCAAAAGUACUACAGAAUGCCCAAAAUAUAAGGCUUUGUUUGAACCACAGCAGUGGGAUGUUUUAGUGCAUCAGUUUAAACAAGAAUUUUGCAAGUUAUAUGGCAUGACAAUGGAGCCCUUAUUGAACAUCUACUUACAAGCAGGCUUGACUGCACUGAAAACUCCAUAUAGUUUUGAAGAAGGUUGUACCAAGGAGGACCCGCUCUCACAAGAGAGCUUCCGGAAGCUGGCGUUGCCUUUACCGUACUCCAAGCAGGAGCAUUCAAAGCUUGUUUGCUAUAUUUCUAAGGAGCUAAUGGAUACAGAGAACCCACCACAGGUGCUGCCCAAUGGCUACGUCUACAGCACCAAGGCUCUCAAGGAAAUGGCGGACAAGAACAAAGGUGAAAUAAAAUGUCCAAGGACAGGGUUUGUCUGCAACCAUACGGACUUAGUCAAGGCAUAUAUAUCAUGAACUCUGUUGCUCAUAGUCCUCACUUUGGUUGCAUUAUAACUUGAUGACACAACCAAGGUGAGGUCAGUGCAUUCAGACCCAACUUCCUUUCUUCAUUGAUAGUCUCUGUGAAUAUGCAUUUUACAAAUAAACUUUGCAUCUUUUCGUAGACAGUUCUUUCUUUUGUAUAUCAAGUCAUUUCCUUAUUUCAAUCUUAUAACAGUUUUCUAGCCCAGCAUGGAUAUUUUUCUUCUGCUA